AUGCGUGGAAAGGUUGCCUAUUGCGUGGAGACUUUAGCAGAUGUUUCGGCCGCUUUUCCAGGUAGCACUCCCACGCAAAGAACAGACGAAACAGGCAUUCGUGCAAAUGUCUUGGCGCGUCGGUGGUCACCUCAGACAGGAGCUCCCGGUCACCAGCACCACCCGACCACCCGACCGGCCACACUCCUCUCUUCCAAGCUCCAUGGCACCAUACCCUGCCGGCUGAACUUCCAUCUCGACGCCAUGCGAUUCCUCGGUGCUGCGCAGCUCCUGUUUGGGCUGUGCCUUCUGGGUGCGCUCAGCGCGGCAGAGCACACAUCCAACUGGGCCGUCUUGGUCUCGACAUCACGCUUCUGGUUCAACUACCGCCACCUCGCCAAUGUACUCUCUCUAUACCGUACCGUCAAGCGCCUUGGAAUCCCCGAUUCGCAGAUCAUCCUCAUGCUUCCCGACGACAUGGCCUGCAACCCGCGCAACGCCUUCCCCGGCACCGUCUACAACAAUGCAGACCGCGGGCUGGAUUUGUACGGUGACAACAUAGAGGUCGACUACCGCGGAUACGAAGUGACGGUGGAAAGCUUCAUCCGCCUCAUGACGGACCGUGUUGGCGAGGACAUGCCACGGAGCAAGCGCCUCUUGACCGACGACCGAAGCAAUAUCCUGGUCUACAUGACCGGUCAUGGUGGCAAUGAGUUUCUGAAAUUCCAAGACGCCGAGGAGAUCAGCGCGUUCGAUCUUGCAGACGCUUUUGAGCAGAUGUGGGAGAAGAAGCGCUACCAUGAGAUGCUUUUCAUGAUUGACACGUGCCAGGCCAACACCAUGUACAGCAAAUUCUACUCGCCCAACAUCAUCGCUACCGGUUCGUCCGAGAUCGACCAGUCGUCAUAUUCGCACCACGCAGACAACGACGUCGGCGUGGCCGUUAUCGACCGCUACACCUACUACAACCUUGAGUUCCUCGAGUCCCAAGUCAAGGAUCCGUCAUCCAAGUUGACUCUUGGCGACCUUUUCGACAGCUACGACGAGGCUAAGAUUCACAGCCACCCUGGUAUUAGAUACGAUCUCUUCCACGGCGGAGAGAAGGCAGCUCGGGACAGGCUGGUCAUGGAUUUCUUCGGGAACGUACAAAAUGUGGAGGUUGAAGGCGUGGGACGCAACGUAUCAAAGCUUGAAGAAGAACUGGAGUAUCUGAGUAGGUUGAUCGAAGCUGCAAAGCAAGAGGCCAACGAAACCGAAAUGGCUGCGGCGUACGGUGCAGGCGUCGACAAGAACGAGGCAGCUGUACAGCCAAAGGCCACGAAGAAGUUCGAAGGGGCAGCUAAGGUCCAGCGAGAUGACGGAUGGGGCAAACAAAUCAUCGGACUCUCGGCAGUGUUGGGCAUUGCCGGCGUUUGGGCAGCCGGAUCAUGGCUUGAGUCUUGA